AUGGGUAAAUUGAGUAAAAGUGCUGCGAAGUUUCAGAGACAGAAAUUUGGUGCUUCCAAAAACGUUGCCAAAUCGUCCAAAUCCGUGGAGAAGCGUGUCGCUAAAGACCCGGCUGAUGACCGCCGGGACCAGAGCCAGGGCGCUCGUGCGGAGGAUGAUGGGGAUACACUCUACGGUAUUUUCAAAAGCCCCAAUAUCAAAAAUGUACAGUUUGGUAUAGAUAAGUGUUUCCCAACGUGGUACGGCAGCACGGUGUACUUCGAUAGAAGAACUAUGAAACUGGGCAUAUACCACGAUACACCCUCCGGGGUUGCGUCACCGGCUAAGAAGAAAACGGAGUUAGACACGUUCUGGCUUGACACUUUGUACGUGUGUGAAUACUGCUUCAAGUACACUGCGGAGCGGGAUCCCUUUCUAGGCCACGUAAAGUGCUGUACAUUCAAGCACCGGUCCCCCGGAAGAAUCAAGUACAAGAGUCCAGAGUACACAAUUAGGCGUGUGAAGGGGUUCAAGCACCAGUUGUUUUGCCAAAACCUUUGCCUCUUCACAAAACUAUACCUUGACAACAAGUCAAUGUAUUUCAAAGUGGAGCACUAUGACUUCUACAUCCUCUACCAGACGGGCCUCCACAAGCCGAUGGCCUUCUUCUCCAAAGAAUUGAUCUCGUACAGCCAAAACAACCUGGCUUGCAUCCUGACGUUCCCACCGUAUCAACGCAAAAGACUGGGCUCCCUGCUGAUAGAGUUUUCGUACAAACUGUCACAAGCAGACGGGAUUGUCUCGGGGCCUGAGCUACCACUCUCGCCCUUCGGUCUCGUAGGAUACCUGAAAUAUUGGUCGCGAGUGAUAUGCUGGCAUAUGGUUAACGGGGUGUUUGCAGAUCUGGACGGUGCAACGCUGGAGGAACUGUCUACCGUCACGGGACUCCGCAUCAACGAUCUCAUCACCACUUUGAAGUAUCUACAGUGCGUGGGACCGGACAACAAAAUAUACCUUUCCGUGCUGCGAAACUGGCUCACUGCAACGGAAAAUCGCUCGUUCAAGUUCCAGAUCGAGGACGAAUUCCUGCUUGUGAACGACUAA